AUGUGCUUUUCCACCACCUCUUCCAACGGCUGGGCUCAAGCUAUCCUCGCAUCUCCUACCUUCCGCUCCUGCGUUCUCCGCCGCCCUUCAAUCACCCAUACCCGUUCGAGACAAUCGGCGUGGCUCUCCGGUGGCUCGCAUGCUACUACUGCUGGCUCUGAUAUCCUGCUAGAUGGAUAUGCCUUUUUCAACAAUGACGAUGUCGCGGAACGCGCACUCGCAUUGAUUGACAACGGCAAAAUGCGUGCGGACGAUUGUCAUCACUGGUGGGGCCGAUCUAUCAACUCCGAGCAUUCACCCCCUACCAUCACUGAUGCUUUCCCCGCCAACACUACACCAAACGGACAAAAUAACGAAGAUAAGGGGUUGGAUACAAUUUGGGAGUGUGGGGAGGAGGAAACAAAGUCGGAUAUGAAUAUGGUUAGGGGUUUGGAUGCGAAUUGGGCAUACAAGGAUGAGGAGGAGGAAAAGAAGAAGGAUAUAGAUCUGAUUUGGGGAUAUAAAAGGGUAAUAAAGUUGAAUAUGGUAUGGACAAGUUUGGAUACGAUUUGGGAAACUGAGGAUGAGGAUGAGGAGUAG